AGGCAAAGGAUACAAACCACUAGACUUCCGCAAUAGAAACAACACAACUCAAAACCACACAAGAGAAGACAUAAAAGCCGCUUGGAAAGAAAAGCUACAAAUUCACGGAAAACAAACACAAAUAAUUUAAGUAUUUUUAGAUUUAAUAAACACAUGGUGAAUUUCAACACACUCGAAGGAUUCACGCCACAUAUUUAGGAUCAGGUAAUACCAAGCUGGAACUCUCUGUUACUGGAAUGCUACACAAAAUUUUAUAAAGAAAUUUUAUGAAAUUACUAAAUCUAUAGGAAAAGGAAAAAGGAGUAGCACUUUAAACAUCGUAAACUCCUUUUAAAACAACUAACUUUAAACACGGCAAUAACAGAAAAAAAUAAAUAAUAAAUAAAAACUACAGAGCAUUUCGCCGUGAUAUCGAUAUCUCCGGGGCUAAUGUUAUCUUUGAUUGUGGACUAUCGAAUGAGGAAAUACGAAUUGUUGGCGGUCGGCCAACUGGCAUUAACCAGUACCCAUGGAUGGCUCGCAUUGUUUACGAUGGGAAAUUUCAUUGUGGAGGUUCAUUACUUACCCAAGAUUAUGUUCUAACAGCUGCACAUUGUGUUAAAAAGCUGCGAAAGUCGAAAAUAAGAGUUAUUUUUGGUGAUCAUGAUCAACAUAUUACUUCGGAGUCGAAAGCAAUUCAAAGGGCGAUAACUGCUAUAAUUAAACACAGAAGCUUCAAUCCCGAUAGUUAUAACAAUGAUAUAGCGCUAAUAAAACUGAGGAAGCCUAUGACCUUUUCAAAAAUCAUAAAACCUGUAUGCUUACCACGUUACAAUUAUGAUCCUGCAGGACGAAUUGGUACCGUCGUUGGUUGGGGUAGAACUUCAGAAGGCGGUGAUUUGCCAUCAAUUGUCAAUCAAGUAAAAGUGCCCAUAAUGUCUAUUACGGAAUGCCGAAGUCAAAAGUAUAAAAGCAGUAGAAUAACAUCCAGCAUGCUGUGCGCCGGACGCCCUAAAAUGGAUUCAUGUCAAGGAGACAGCGGUGGACCACUUUUACUCUCAAAUGGUGUAAAGUAUUUCAUUGUGGGUGUCGUUUCAUGGGGCGUUGGGUGCGGUAGAGAUGGUUAUCCUGGAGUUUAUACAAGAGUCAGUAAAUUCAUCCCAUGGAUAAAAUCUAAUUUGCGUGACAGUUGCUUAUGUUCUUAGUACAAAAUUUUGUAAAUUGUAUAUUCUUUGUAAAAUAUAAAUUAAGGAAUAUUAAAAAUUCAAAUUGAAUAAAUGGGGAACAAAAUGUUUAAUGAGAA